UUUAAAAUUCAAACGAACAUAAUCAUUACGAUGAUGCAAAGAUCAUAAUUGUAUAAGUUUUACAUGUCGAUGAAGAAGAAGGUUCUCUCAAUUUAAGGUUAAUUCCAUCAUUUUUGUUUCAUGAGAAGAAUGAUAUGUCUGCUGGUGAGAGUUUAAAGUAUGAGAAAGUGGUGAAAACUGAUGUUAUUGUAGUCAUUCAGUCAAAUGAAUUCAGAAUCGGGGAAGUGAAUCAGUUCAUAAACAAUGGCGGGAAUGAAUUCCUUGUGAGAAAUUGCGUUCAAAUUUUUUCAGAGACCCAUCAAAAUGUUGGAUGUUUGACCGAGUUGCUCCUUCUUCACAGCAAAAUUCUUGUGGUAAGUCAAUUAAAAAGGUAUUUGAUCGCGGAAAAGAAUUUCAGCUUAUUCAAGGGUUAUCAUCUUUUGUUGGUGCUUCUGGAGAUUAUUUUAUUCCAACUACUUCUUGUGUGAGUGUUCUUGUCGGGCUUGUAUUGCUGGAAUUACUCGUGGUUAUAAUUGAUAGACAAAGUGAUGUGUUGCGAAUCCUUUGGAGGAGUUUAAAAAUCUUCUACUGCUCAUUGUGCUUCAUGUCCAACGACUGUGGAUACUGAUUAUCUUCUCGAGAUGGGAAUGCAUGAUUUUUUCUGGGAGUUCUUGGAGUGCGAGAGAUGUCAACUGGAUUGUUAUGGGUUUUAUUUCGUUUCUGUGUUGGGAUACAAAUUGUUACUAUAAGCAACUUGCAGAGAUUCUCAUAAGAAAACAAAGUUUUGUGUUUCUUACGGAUCGUAACAAAUGCAAAGGCAAUCAGGUGGGUGUGAAAAUGCCACAGGGGGCUAAUAUGGUAUGGUGUUUUAGUAUUGGUACCAGUUAUAUUCUCUUCAACCUCAGACAGGGUGUACCUAAUGUUUCAGCAGUUCUCUAUGAUGGCUCAUUAAAGGCUAGUGGUGGUGUAAAUGAACAUAAACCUGUACCACAAACCCUUCUACUGGAAGUUGCACAAGAUGAUUCUUAUCUCUCAUGAAUCGAGAUCAUCCUGAAAAUUUUACUGCUUAUUUUUGACACCUACAGGAGUUCUUCAAUUCAAGAGAAGGGUAUAAUUGCAGCCUUAAAUCCAGACCUUGUAUGUUUACCAACUGCCGAAUUUUUCAGCCACCUACUUCUUGUCGCAACCAGCUGUUUGUUUUAAACAAAUUUGGUUCCUGUCAAUAUUUCCUUCUCUGCUACAAAUAUUGGUGGGGUUUGGGAUAUCACGGAACGGAAGGUUCUACAUGUGCCAGAAAUUUUAUAAGAAUGUUGAGAAUUGGGAUCCGUAAUCAGUUAGUGGUAAAUUGUAUUUCCAAAUCCAAUUGUGUGCUGAUGGGAAGGCUUCAUCAGUCUACAGUUACUAAUGGGUCUGCACUAACAUCGUUUCUCAUGAAAUUUUCUGUCUUCAUUUUUCUUAUACUGCCCACAUGUGUCAUGAAGAUCUAUAAUGCAGUAUUUGAGCAGCUAAUGGUUAAUUUGGGGCCUUCGACCAAGUUUUUUACUUCUGGUCAGUUUUUGGCGGAAGAACUAUGUGCUAAGUUGGUUGGGAGUUCAGUGUGGAGAUUGAAUGAUGGUGCUGAUGAUACUCUCUUGUUUGCUCAUGCUUUCUCUCAUGCUACAAAAGUCUUCAUUGGUGUACUGUUAAAGAUUUUCUCACCUGUGGUAAUACAAGAAUAUGGGACGUUUGUCUUGGUUGGUAUUUUUAUUCCGGUAUCUUUCUAUCGACUGUUGUGUUUAGCGUGUCCAGUACAUGAUGUACAAAUUCGCUGUCGUGAUCCAGCAACGGCCACGGGGAAUACAUAUGAAAUAAUACAAGCUGAUAUUAAGGCGCACUCCUUGGUGAUCAGUGUUGCUUAUACUUGGCUCAUGAAGGUUAUAGAGCAAUGGGAGCAUGAAGAGUGGGGGUCAUUCAAGCUUACACAACUUGUUGAUGAGGCAGUUAGAGCUGUACAGGUCAAGAGAGCAGCACUUCUUAUUGAGGACUGUGGUGCGCGAGUUGUGGGUCACACAUGGUAUCUCACUCAUUCUGCAACAUUGGUUUUUUCUCUUCUUUCUACUGCCACAUUAAUCAACGGAGAUUGUGGGAAGUACAGUGUAUCGAGGCUUCACAAAUACCUAGCCUGUAAUAAGUUCUCGACAUCAGCUGAGUUGAUAAGUACUACAGCCUCAAGCUCGAUUCGCAUUGGCAGCUAUAUCCGAGAAACUGUUACUGACGUCUGCCAUUUUGUACACCUACCUGCCCAGAUACAAGACCCCCUGGUGAUUAAUUCUACAUCCUUGAGGACAAGGAUGUUUUCAAUGAGAGUGGAAUGUUGUAUCCCUGUGUAUGAGAGAGGGUGCCCAUAUCAUGUUACUGUCAGUCUUUAGUAGUAGUUAUGUGUAGUUUAGUUAGUGUAAGAGUGAGUGCCUUUAUCAAUGUAUGAGAGGGUUAGAUGAGAACCAUUUGACACCGUCAUGGCCAUUGGAUUAGUUUGGUAACUUAUCCUUAUAAAGUCUGAGUCGGUCUGUGU